GCAAAAAGUGUAACAAAAGAAUGGUCUCCCCUUUACCUGUAUUCCUACGAGCUCGAAAUAUAAUUACAAGUGCAAUAAUGACCAGCUUGUAGACCUUGACAGAAUACUAGCACACAAAAUUUAAAAAUUCUUACUCACAAACCAUCACUUCUGUUUGCGUGAUGGACCCUAAAUCCAGUAAAUGGAGAGGGUCAAGCAAAAAUCAGUUCUUCAUGAUCUUAGCUAUCAUUUUUCUUCAACACCAGCUUCAUAUUCCUGUAACACAUGCUGAGACGGCAAAGAAAGUGCACAUUGUGUAUAUGGGAGAGAAUAGGCAUGAGGAUCCAGCAACAACCAAAAAAACUCACUAUCAAAUGCUGUCGACAUUGUUAGGCAGUAAGGAAGCAGCACAGAGUUCAAUUCUGUACAGCUAUAGGCAUGGCUUCUCUGGGUUCGCUGCAAGAAUUACAGAGUCUCAAGCGGCAGAAAUAGCAGAGUUUCCUGGUGUUGUUCAAGUAAUUCCAAAUGGGAUUCACAAGCUUCACACUACUAGAAGUUGGGAAUUCAUUGGUCUCAAUCAUCAUUCUCCACAAAAUCUGUUAACACAAAGCAACAUGGGCCAAGGAACUAUCAUUGGUGUUAUUGAUUCAGGAGUGUGGCCAGAAUCCAAAAGUUUUCAUGAUGAAGGCAUGGGGCCAGUGCCAUCUCGUUGGAAAGGAAUAUGUCAGCAGGGUGAGCACUUCAAGCCAUACAAUUGCAACAGAAAGAUCAUUGGGGCACGCUGGUUCGUAAAAGGAUUUCAGGAUCAAAUACAUUUCAACACAACUGAAAGCAGGGAAUUCAUGUCGCCGCGGGAUGGAGAUGGCCAUGGCACUCAUACAGCUUCUACAGCAGCUGGUAAUUUCGUUGCAAAAGCAAGCUAUAAAGGACUAGCUACAGGUUUAGCAAGAGGAGGAGCACCUCUUGCUCACUUAGCCAUUUAUAAGGUUUGUUGGAACAUUGAAGAUGGAGGAUGCACCGACGCAGAUAUUCUGAAAGCAUUUGACAAAGCCAUACAUGAUGGAGUAGAUAUCCUAUCUGUGUCAAUUGGCAAUGACAUUCCUUUGUUCUCUUAUGUCGAUAUGCGUAAUUCAAUUGCAAUUGGCUCCUUUCAUGCAACUUCAAAGGGAAUCACAGUAGUCUGUUCAGCAGGAAAUGAUGGCCCUAUCUCACAGACAGUUGCGAAUACAGCACCUUGGCUCACCACAGUUGCAGCCUCUACAAUUGACAGGGCCUUUCCAACAGCUAUUAUACUUGGAAACAACAAAACCCUCAGGGGUCAAUCUAUUACUAUAGGUAAGCAUAAUCACAGAUUUGCGGGCCUUACAUACUCUGAGCGCAUAGCUUUGGAUCCAAUGGUUUCGAGCCAGGAUUGUCAGCCUGGAAGUCUAAAUCCAACAUUAGCAGCAGGAAAAAUCAUACUUUGUCUCUCAAAAUCAGAUACACAGGAUAUGUUUUCUGCUUCAGGAUCUGUGUUUCAAGCAGGAGGCGUUGGACUCAUAUAUGCGCAAUUUCACAAUGAUGGGAUUGAGUUAUGCGAGUGGAUUCCAUGCGUCAAAGUAGAUUAUGAAGUAGGGACACAGAUACUUUCCUACAUUAGACAAGCUAGGUCUCCAACUGCAAAGCUGAGUUUUCCAAAGACCGUUGUUGGCAAAAGGGUAUCUCCUCGACUUGCUUCAUUCUCCUCCAGAGGACCAAGUUCAAUUACUCCAGAAGUUCUAAAGCCUGACAUAGCCGCACCGGGUGUGGACAUCUUAGCUGCAUAUACACCAGCCAACAAAGACCAAGGUGACUCGUAUGAAUUCCUAUCAGGAACUUCAAUGGCUUGUCCCCAUGUAUCUGGAAUUGUAGCUCUCAUUAAAUCCUUACAUCCAAAUUGGUCUCCUGCAGCCAUAAGAUCAGCUCUUGUCACAACUGCUUCCCAAACUGGAACAGAUGGAAUGAAAAUCUUUGAGGAGGGCUCAACAAGAAAGGAAGCAGACCCAUUUGACAUGGGUGGGGGACAUGUCAAUCCUGAAAAAGCAGCCUAUCCAGGCCUUGUUUAUGACACCACCACAGAGGAAUAUAUUCAAUACCUUUGCUCCAUAGGCUACAGUAGUUCAUCCAUUACCAGGUUAACCAAUACCAAAAUCAAUUGCAUGAAAAAGACCAAUACUAGACUUAACCUCAAUCUCCCUUCAAUCACCAUUCCCAACCUGAAAACAAAAGUAACAGUGACAAGAAAAGUGACAAAUGUGGGAAAUGUUAAUUCAGUGUACAAAGCUAUAGUUCAGGCUCCAAUUGGCAUAAGCAUGGCAGUAGAGCCUAAAACUUUAAGUUUCAACAGGAUCAACAAAAUUCUGUCCUUCAGAGUUACCUUCUUGUCGAGUCAGAAAGUUCAGGGAGAAUAUAGAUUUGGGAGCCUAACAUGGACUGAUGGUGAGCAUUUUGUUAGGAGUCCAAUAUCUGUACGUGCUACGGAGAUAUUAGAUUAUUGAUCCGCGUUACGCUAUGAGUCGGGUCAAAUUUUUUUAAAAUAAAAAAAAUUUAAAUGUUGCCAAUGUUUUAA